CUGACAGGCCAGCAGACUCUCAUCUCGCCAUGGAGAGCCUUCUCGCCAGCGUCGCCCGCAGGCGCAUCGCGACAGGGCUCGUAUCACGCUCCCGCCAUAUCUGUGUAUCAGCAUGCAGACGGUAUGCAGACUCCGGCGACUCAGCACCGAAACCACCGCCUCCCGUUGACGAUUCGACCUCAGCACUGGAUUACAAGCGGCGGACGACGCUACAGCACAGACCGCCGCCUCUUCCAGCCAUGGACGUCCGCUCAAGGUCUGCAGAAGAGGCAGUGACGAACAUCCUCUACAACACGCCCCCGCCUAGCCUGCAACCAUUUAAAAAGCAUGUUCUGAACUGCCUGGUCCAGAACGAACCCGGUGUCUUAUCCCGUGUAUCGGGCAUUCUCGCCGGGAGAGGCUUCAACAUCGACUCCUUAGUCGUCUGUCGUACCGAGAUCCGGGACCUGAGUCGCAUGUGCAUUGUACUCCGGGGUCAGGAUGGUGUUAUUGAGCAGGCAAGGAGACAGCUAGAAGACUUGGUACCGGUAUGGGCAGUGCUCGACUACACGGAUACCCACUGCAUCGAGCGCGAGCUGCUCCUCGUCAAGGUCUCCAUCCUCGGGCCAGAGUACGUCGAAGAGCAGCUCCAAGGCGGGCCCACGCACGACCCGCGGCAUCGCCACCUCACCCCGUCCACUUCCACCGCCGACGCGGAGUCGAAGCUCGAGCGCGAGAUGGCGCUCGCGCAGAGCUUCGAGCGCGGCGCGCACCCGGACGCGGACGCCCACGCGCCCACACCGCUCACGCCGACGCAGGCGCUGCACCUCCGGAGCGACAACCUCAACGCCGUCUCCGUGCUCUCCCAGCAGUUCGGCGGGCGCAUCGUCGACGUGAGCGAGAACAGUGUCAUCGUCGAAAUGUCCGGCAAGACCAAGCGCGUCGAGGCCUUCCUCGCGCUUCUCAAGCCGUUUGGCGUCCUCGAGGCCGCCCGCACAGGUCUCAUGGUCAUGCCUCGUACGCCCAUCGCGAGGGCGCCCGAGGACAGCGAUGACGCGGAUGAUGUUAAGGGGGUCGACAUGAGCCUUCUCCCACCGGGUUGA